AUGUCUCUUAAUAAAGUUGGAUUGACACAAUUCAGUAUAGGAACUCGACAGCUUCUCGGUAGACGGUUCCACCCCCAAAUCCCGCUCUCAGCGGUAUUACAAGCCAAGAGAAAUGUUAUAACUUCUACUUUUGAUUGGAAACCAAUGAAGACGACCAACAAUCCGAAUGAGGAACAAGAUGAGGGAGGGUCACACCGUUGGCAUGUAGGGAGAAAGAUUGCACUUGGAUUGAUGUUUGCUAUGCCCAUUAUUUCAUUUUAUUUGGGGACAUGGCAAUUAAGAAGACUUAAAUGGAAGACGAGAUUAAUUGCCACCUGCGAGACGAAACUAAUUUAUGACCCUAUCCCAUUACCUAAGGAUUUUCAAGAGGAUAUGGCUACAGAUUGGGAAUACAGAAAAGUCAUCUUGAAGGGUAAAUUCCUUCAUGAUGAAGAAAUGUUUGUGGGUCCAAGGGCUAAGAACGGUCAAAAAGGUUAUUUAUUAUUUACACCCUUUGUGUUAGCUGAUUCCGGUAGAAAGGUAAUGAUUGAAAGAGGUUGGAUAUCUGAGGAGAAAGUAGCCCCAGAAAGCAGAAUGUUGCACCAUUUAUCAUUACCACAAGGGGACAAUGUGGAGGUCAUUUGUAUGAUUCGUCCUCCACAGCACAGAGGAAAGUUUCAAUGGGCCAAAGAAGAUCGAAAUUCAAGAUUAUGGCAAGUCUCUGAUAUAUAUGAUAUGGCCAAAACGUCGGGCUGUGAAGCGGUCGAUUUCCAAGCUGUUUAUGAUAUGAGUGAUCACAAACUUCCAACUGCAGAAUCAACAAAGGCUGCUACCUCAAAUAGUCCAUUUUCUUGGAAGUUUUGGCAGAGUAGUUACGGUGCAACUGAAAGUCAAAAGCAGUCAUCUAGGAAUAACUUAGAGAAACCAGAGACGGAUUCCACAGUUCAAUUCAACGAAUAUCAGUUUAUCAAAGCGGGUGUUCCAAUUGGGAAGAAACCAACUAUUGAUUUAAGAAACGCACAUUUGCAAUAUUUGGUCACUUGGUAUGGCCUAUCCUUUCUAAGUACCAUAUUCCUAAUCGUCGCCCUGAAGAGAUACUCGAAACGUUCUGUCAUCUCACCAGAACAAUUGAAGAGGGACAAAUUGAAACAUGCCAAGAAGUACAUGUAA